UCAAAACAAGUAAAAACGUUGCAGGAAAAGCUCUUAAUGGAGUAGGCAACUAGCCAUACUCAUAGCCUCUGGUUUGUUGUUAUUAUUAGACAGACACAGCAACAGAUCAGACAGACAAGAUAAAAACUGCAGAAACGCAAAAGAGAACACCACGGAAAAAUAGGAGAGAGAGAGAGAGAGAGAGAGAGAGAGAGAGUCUUGACCCUUGAGACUGAAGAGGAGAAAUGGUUUUGCUUUUGCGGAGGAAACUGGAAACCAAGAAAUUCAUCUUUCUUCUGCUACUGUGAUUUCUUUCUGAUACAUCUUUAUAUGGCGGAAAUGUACGAUCAGCCCGUCUGCUCUUCCCCUCCUCCGCCGGUUCCUUCUGCUCUUCCUCCUCGUCCCACGCUUGUUGAAGCAGACGAAAUCUCGUUUUUUCUUCAUCAUCUCGUUCACUCUUCCUCCCCUUGCAUGUCCUCCGAUAGAGCCAAUCCAAUGCCCUUUUCUUCUUCUGUUGUUGCUGUUCCUCCUCCUCCUCUGUUCUCUUCGUUCUCUCAACCUACAUCCACCGUAAGAUCUUAUGAGUCUCUGCCGGAGGCUCAUCCCCGACCUUGCGGAUCAGGUCUUGUCUCGGAUUCCGACUGCCGAGUCGGGGUUGGAAGCUCCAUGGCCGAGUCCUCUGCCGCUGUUGACUCUUCCUCCGUGAUCCUUUCUUCUGCCGGCGUUAAUUUGAAAGAGACCACAAGUACAACUUCCGCUGGAGCUGCUGACUGUGAUGUGCCCUCGGUUUCGGCGAAGAGGAGGAAGGUCCCCACGAAUAAUGAUAUCGACGAUUACGAUUGCGAAAGCGAGAUGGUCCGGAGGCGCCUGAGGCACCGCCAAAGCCAGCUCCACCUCGUUUUUCUUCGAAAAGAAGCAGAGCUGCCGAAGUUCAUAAUUUGUCCGAAAAGCGUGGAAGUGUUGGAUGCACAGAGGAGGAGGAGGAGGAUUAAUGAGAAAAUGAAAGCCUUGCAGAACUUAAUUCCCAAUUCUAACAAGACGGACAAGGCCUCGAUGUUGGAUGAAGCCAUUGAAUAUCUCAAGCAACUUCAGCUCCAAGUUCAAUUUUGCACCGUAAGUGUAGAGUGGACAUUACCAUUUCCGUGGCUACUCAGUCUAAAGAUGUUAUCAAUGAGAAAUGGUUUGAGUUUAUACCCCAUGUAUCUACCUGGAGUUUUGCAAUCUACACAGUUGCCGCAAAUGCAAAUGGGCUUUGGUGAUGGAGAGAGGUCACUGCAUAUGAACAUGGGAACAUGCACAAUGCCUGUGAACCAGGAAGACUCAACACAAAAUGCAUUCAGUCUGUCCAAUCAACCUGCACCCUUGCAAAAACCAGGAGUCUUACCCAAUGUGACAAAUAUUACUAAUUCGGAAUCCUCAUUUGGGGCAGAUUUACCUGUUCAGGCCCACAAUGGACCAUUUCAGCUCUCUAAAGCUUCUCAGGAAUUCCAUGGGGAAGGUUUAUUAUGCCAACAUCGGUCAGAUAUGAGGCACUCUGUGAGGAACUCAUCAGAAAACAACAAACCCAUGACAACAUCAACUCUGCCUUUUGAUGCACAAUCAUUAGUUUCGCUGGAACCUGCCUCUUUGGGAGCAUGUGUUUUACACAAAGAAGGAUCACAAGAGGUGCUUCCAAAAGAUGUAAAUGGUAACCAGAUUCUCAUUCAACAUCUGCAUAGACUGGAAGAAGUGUGUCGGAUUGAAAACAAGAUGACCCCGGACUGCUAAAGUUGGCCAUAUCAGACACCUUUGCAGAUUCAAGAUCCAAUCCUGGAUGAUGAAGUCCUACACGAGGAAAAUGCCAAUACCUCCCUAUUUCAUUGUGUACUCUAUUGAGCUAUGUUUCAUAUAGACUGGAGCUGGGCUAACUAAGCUAAAGUUUUUUCUUUUUUCGUGAAAAAUAUGGUGUUAAUUGACUAAGGCUCUGAUAUGGUUAGAUGUGAAGAUAAAAUUUAAACUGUUAAGUGACAUGAAAUGAUAUAGAAGAUAUAAAAAGAAAAUUUCCAAUGGGGUUUUUGGUUGGAAUUGAACUAGAUAUAAAGUGGGGUGAAAAACAUUGGGUAUGUUAUAGACGGUGGUAAGUUGUUUUUUUUUUUUUUUUUUUUCAGUUAUAUAUGUGGAUUAAAUAGAAAA